AUGAAGAGAGAUCAAGAAUUAGCGCAAGCCCAAGCCAAAACCUCCUCGGGACCCUCCAACGACAACUCCUUCUACGACAUUUCCUGCACCAACGACUCCUCUGGCAACUACAACAACGACUCCACGGGUGACUACAACAACGACUCCUCUGGUGACUACUACGACGACUCCUCUGGCGACUACAACAACUACUCCUCUGGUGACUACAACGACUCCUCUGGCGACUACAACAACGACUCCUCUGGCGACUACUACGAGGACUCCUCUGGCGACUACAACAACAACUCCACUGGUGACUACAACAACAACUCCUCUGGUGACUACAACAACUACUCCUCUGGUGACUACAACUACUCCUCUGGUGUCUACUACAACUUCUCUGGCGACUACAACAAUAACUACUCUGGUGACAAGUACCACGACUCCUCCAACGACUAUUUCAACGACUCCUUUGGCAAUAACUACAAGGCCUCUACUGGUAACAACUAUAUCGACUCCUGUGUUGACUACUUCAACGACUCCUCUGGCGGCUACUUCAACGAACCCUCUAGAGACUAG